AAUUAAUCAAACCCAAAUACACGCUAUUAAAGUCCGGUUCCAUUCCCGCAGGUCGGUUUCAACUGCACGCCCUCAACAUUCCGAUCCUUAUUCCGAUCACAACUCAUAAUUUUUCUCGGAGAUCAGAAAAUCUGAAUUUAAGCUCAAAUCUGUAAUUCUCACGGAUUGCUUCCAAUUCUACUCCUCAAUUGAAUCAGUGAUUGCUCCAAAAGUCUCCAUCUUAACAGUCUUUCGUAUUAAGGAGGUGAAGAUAGAAGAGAGGCGGAUCUUUGAAAUACUGCCUAUAUGAGCACCCAAGGGUGUCAUCUAGUGGUCAACAAAGUGGGAGGAAAACCAUGAGAUUUCAGGUUCAAAAUCCAGCGGAGGCAAAAAAACACUCAGUGACUUGUUUCUAUCUGCAAAGACGCUGUUGAAUUGAUUCAUUAAAACGAGUAUGAGGGAAAUUCAGUUAUUAUUCCCAGUUCCUAGUGACUACGACCCAAUCCUCCUCAAUUAACUGGUUUGGCACGCUGAGAAGCUUUGCCUAGAGUAUUUGGCAGCAACUACCAGGCCAGUUCGUCAGUGCUUCUUCUUUUGAAGUCUUUAUUCUAUUAGGAUGUUGUACCAUUGUAGAAGCCUCUGAGUUGACUUCAUGGAGGGGGUUGAAGUUGACGGUGGUGAUGCAGUUCUAUCACCACUAGCAAACUGGAAAAAUGAAGUUUCUAGGACAUUUCGCUACUAUUUGGAUAGGUCUGCUCCUUAUACCUUCCGCAGGUGGCUUGGAACAUUGACAGCUGCAUUAAUAUAUAUGUUGCGUGUUUACUAUGGUCGUGGAUUCUACGUCAUCUCAUAUGGUGUAGGAACCUAUAUUUUGAAUUUGUUGAUUGGGUUUCUGUCACCAAAGGUGGAUCCUGAGCUGGAAGCUUCGGAAGGUGCUUCUUUGCCACCUAAAGAGAAUGAUGAAUUUAGACCUUUCGUUCGUCGGCUGCCUGAAUUUUUGUUCUGGUAUGCAACAACAAAAGCUUUCAUUGUAGCCUUCCUGAUGACCUUCUGCUCUAUAUUUGAUGUCCCAGUAUUCUGGCCAAUAUUGUUAUGUUACUGGAUUUUUCUCUUUGUCCUCACGAUGAAGCGCCAGAUCACACACAUGAUUAGAUACAAAUAUGAUCCAUUCAACAUUGGGAAAAAGAAGCAUACUGGGAAUAAAUUUGAUUGAGGCAGUAGUAGCUUCACGGGGAACUAAUGUCAGGAGUGAUUUUUGAUAUCUUGUCAAGGGUAGUGAAUGUCCCCUCCUUGGUUUUGAGAAACUUGUGUAAAUAUUCUUCUUCUUGAACAUGUAUCCCAUGCAUAUGUAAAUGUUGCGAAAUAUGUUGAUUUGCUUCCUGCAGAUGUAAAAGCAAGUGUAGAGAGUUACCAUGAACUCUUUUUUGGGUUUCCUUUUGAUUUCUUACAAGGAUUUAGGUAUUUGGGACGAUACGGAACUGUUUUAUUA